AAAUGAUCAUCACAAGUUACAAAAGGAACCAUCCAAGAAAAAUUAAAAAAAAACACACAACACACAGAAAGAGUUCAAGAAAGAAGAAGAAAAAACACACACAACACACACUGCAGAAAAUGGGAGAGGAAAUGAGAAAUCAGCAGAUUAUACUGAACAACUACGUGAAGGGCUCUGUGAGUGAAUCCGACAUGUCGUUGAGGAAUUCCACCAUCAUCUCGAAGAUUCCAAACGGCUGCGACGGCGCCGUUUUGGUGAAGAAUCUCUACUUGUCGUGUGAUCCUUACAUGCUUAGUCGCAUGAAAGAAAUUGAAGACAACUACGCUGGUUCUUUCAAACCUGGCUCUCCUAUGAAUGGAUAUGGAGUGUCGAAAGUGUUGGAUUCUUCACACACCGAUUACAAGAAGGGCGACCUCAUUUGGGGGAUGACUGGUUGGGAGGAGUACACCCUCAUUAAGGAUCUUGUCGACGUCUUUAAAAUUCAAGAUACCGAUGUGCCUCUCUCCUACUACACAGGACUUCUCGGAAUGCCGGGCAUAACGGCUUAUGUCGGAUUUUUCGAGCUUUGCUCUCCCAAAAAGGGGGAGACUAUUUUUAUUUCGGCUGCCUCCGGGGCAGUCGGUCAGCUCGUCGGUCAGUUCGCGAAGCUGACCGGAUGUUACGUAGUUGGAAGUGCAGGGAGCAAUGAAAAGGUUGAUCUCUUGAAGAACAAAUUUGGAUUUGACGAAGCAUUCAAUUACAAAGAAGAGCAAGAUUAUAGUGCAGCUUUGAAGAGGUACUUCCCCGAUGGCAUCGAUUUCUAUUUCGAGAACGUGGGAGGGAAGCUUCUAGAAGCAGUGCUUAGCAACAUGAGACUCCAUGGGCGCAUUGCAGCGUGUGGGAUGAUCUCGCAAUAUAGCCUCGAGCAGCCCGAAGGCGUGCACAACUUGUUUAACCUCGUAGCCAAACGGAUUCGUAUGGAAGGAUUUCUUGUUUUCGACUACUACCAUCUUUACCCCAAGCUUCUUGAGAUGGUUCUACCUCUCAUCAAGCAAGGGAAAAUCACCUACGUCGAAGACGUGGUUGAAGGCCUCGAGAGUGCGCCCGCCGCCCUAGUCGGCCUCUUCUCCGGCCGCAAUGUCGGGAAGCAGGUCGUUGUAGUUGCUCGUGAGUAGGUGGCAAUUGCUUGGGUUGUGUGAAAGCUUGGAAAUUAUUCAGAGCUCAAUUCGAAAAAAGUUCGUUCAGUAAAGCUUGAUCAAUAAACAAAUCAAGCUUGAGUUUGAUUGUAUUAAUUUGUUAUAUAUAAUUAGUAAUAAUUAUAUUAAAUCUUAAUUAACUCUAGUUGUUAUGAGAAAAUAAUUAAUAUAUUAUGUUAUUGUAAAGAAA